GUUCUUGGACAGCGUGAUGAGCCCCGUGUCUUUGACGCAGUUCCUGUGCAGCGUGGUAGCAGUGUGUGUAACGCUGUACCAGAUAACAUUUAAUCCACAAGACAGUGCAGUGAUAAAAUGUGCCCUGUACCUCCCAAUCCCGGCUCUACAGAUAUUCAUCUACUGCUGGUGUGGACAUGAUACAAUGGAAGCAGGCCUGUCCGUGUCGCUGGCGGCUUACGGCUCCGCCUGGGUGGGGGUGGACCGGCGGGUGACCAGCACGCUACGGGUCGUCAUGUGCAGAGCCCAGACGGCGCUGCAGCUCACCGCCGGCAAGGUCUAUCCAGUCAACAGAGACACUUUUCUGUCGCUGAUAAACGCUUCGUACACAUACUACACGCUCUUACGGCAGAUGAGAAAUCUUUAAGGAGAUUACCUCAUUGAAUCCAACGUGCCUCCAAGAAGCUGACAUAUGGAAACGAACCAGAAAACACAAGAGAUGUCAAAAUAGGAAGUGACUGACACAUCACUACAUACAGUAUGAGUAUUUAUUUAUUAGCUGUUUAUUCAUUAUUUCAAAUGAAGAUCGUUUCUUAUUCAUUAAAAAACUUUAUAUAGCUUUAUUUGAACCCAAAGUAAUUAAAUACCAUAUUCAGCAAUUAUUUCAGUAGCCUAAACAUAUUUAUGCGAAAUGUUGUGUAUCUUCUUUAGUCAAAUGCGAUGGCAAGUCUGUGAAAACGUCAAUAUUUAAAUGUUACAUGCAUAGUUUAGAAUGUCGAACCAUAUUGACUAUGUGUAAGAACAUGCACUCAAUA